AUGGACGGGCCUCAGGUCGCUGUCAAUGGACGGGCCUCAGGUCGCUGUCAAUGGACGGGCCUCAGGUCGCUGUCAAUGGACGGGCCUCAGGUCGCUGUCAAUGGACGGGCCUCAGGUCGCUGUCAAUGGACGGGCCUCAGGUCGCUGUCAAUGGACGGGUCGCUGUCAAUGGACGGGCCUCAGGUCGCUGUCAAUGAACGGGCCUCAGGUCGCUGUCAAUGGACGGGCCUCAGGUCGCUGUCAAUGGACGGGCCUCAGGUCGCUGUCAAUGGACGGGCCUCAGGUCGCUGUCAAUGGACGGGUCGCUGUCAAUGGACGGGCCUCAGGUCGCUGUCAAUGAACGGGCCUCAGGUCGCUGUCAAUGAACGGGCCUCAGAGGUCAGAUUAUCUCCGGAAGCCUUAAAUACACAUCAACAACAUGCUGAAGCUUCCUCCUCUCUCCCUGUAGGAGUGGCAGCGUCUCAGGAGCAGGACUUUGGGACAGCUAACCUUCACAGGGAGGUCUCUGACAUCGUCUCUGUCCUGGUGUACGUAGGAGUGGCCAAGGGGAACGGAGUCCUGUCCAAGACGGGAGUGUUGAAGAGACUGGAGGAGGAAGACUUGGACGACAGCGUGAAGAAGAGAUUAAAGGAUUCCAGCGAGACACCUGGAGCCUUGUGGCACAUCUACAUUAGCAAAGAUGUGGAGAAAAUUAAAGACUUUCUGCACAAGCAGGUUGCUAAGGAGCAGGGGGCGGAGAUUUCAGCAGAGCACGACCCAAUCAGAGAGCCGGGCUGGUACCUGAGCAGGAAGUUGCGUCAGCGUCUGUGGGAGGAGCAUGAUGUGCAGGGCUUGACCGUGGUUCAGUUCCUGGGGGACUCUGUCCUCAUCCCGGCCGGGGCGCUGCACCAGGUGCAGAACCUUCACAGUUGUGUCCAGGUGAUAAAUGACUUUGUGUCUCCAGAGCAUGUAUUCCACUCCUUCCACCUGACACAGGAACUGAGAUCCUCCAGAGAAGAGCCCAACUACGAAGAUAAACUACAGGUAAAGAACAUCUUGUUCCACUCUGUGAAGGAUGCAUUGACGUCGCUGAGGAGGUACAGCCAGGAGGAGGAAGAGAACUCCUGACCCGUAGUCCCCCUGGCUCCUCCCUCUCUGGCGCCUCCCUCUCUGGCUCCUCCCUCUCUGGUGCCUCCCUCUCUGAGACAUCUUCCUUCAGCCUGGAACAGAUAUAUACACACUGACACUAACCACAACAGCAGAACACACUACAACACACUAAAACUACAUGUUACUGACCAGCAUCACCACCCGGCAUCAGGAUACUGACCACAGCAGCAUCACCACCCAGCAUCAGGAUACUGACCACAGCAGCAUCACCACCCAGCAUCAGGAUACUGACCACAGCAGCAUCACUACCCAGCAUCAGGAUACUGACCAUAGCAGCAUCACUACCCAGCAUCAGGAUACUGACCAUAGCAGCAUCACUACCCAGCAUCAGGAUACUGACCACAGCAGCAUCAGGAUACUAACCACAGCAGCAUCACUACCCAGCAUCAGGAUACUAACCACAGCAGCAUCACUACCCAGCAUCAGGAUACUGACCAUAGCAGCAUCACUACCCAGCAUCAGGAUACUGACCAUAGCAGCAUCACCACCCAGCAUCAGGAUACUGACCACAGCAGCAUCACUACCACAGCAUCAGGAUACUGACCAUAGCAGCAUCACUACCCAGCAUCAGGAUACUGACCACAGCAGCAUCAGGAGAACUGAGUUCAGUAGAAUCUGGUCUCACAGCUCUGACUGCUGUUCUGGAACCUUCUGUUCUCUGUUUGUUCCUGUUUUCCUUUUGUUUGUUUAGUUCAUUUUUUUCUUUCAAACUGUUGUAUAUUGUUUCUGUGAAAAUUAUGUAUUUAUUUUAUAGGAGUUGUAAAUGCGAUGAUGUUCUAGAUCAAAUGUAAAUGUGACUUGUACAGUUUGCUAAAUGAUGAGUUGUGAGACGGAUGCCGUUUCCUACAUUGAGACAGUUACUGUGAGAGGAAACAGACUUCAGCUGUCGCCGAGAACUCUGGGAGUCGCUGCUGAAUUCGUCCUCAUGCCAUAUCUUUUAAAAACGAACUGCCAAACUAUUCUAUUGUAUGAAACUGUGUACAGUUGAAUUAUGUAAAAAAAAAGACUAAAUGAAUAAUACACUUCAGCAUUUUCAGUAUUCACUGUAAAAUGGAGACAUUUACACACAAAAAAUAAUUUAUUCAAAUGUUGAAGUUUAAACGAUAACAAUUGUGUAAAUAUAUACAUAUAUACAUUCACUGAUGUAUUUUUUAAAACAUGGCUUGCUUCAAUUUGUAAUUUUAAAAGUGCAAGUGUUAUAUGCUUUGGACAUUGAAGUUCAAAGGGGUUUUACAUUUUCCAUUAAAAUGGAUUCAUCAAAGUA